AUGUGCCCCCCCGAAGCCAGCUCCUCCGCCGCGCCGGAUGCCAACCGGGCCUCCUUCCACGCCCUGCGCCAGCGCUGGCUCGACAUGGACGGCACCAGUGACAGCGGCAACUUUGGGGAUGGCGGUGGUGGUGGCAGUGGUAAUGGCGGCACCGGCAGCGACGGCGGCGGCAGCGGCGGCGGCGGCGGCGGCGGCGGCGGCGGCACUACCACUCCUGGCGCCGUCGGUGGCAUCCCCCGGUCCCAAGUCCCCUCCCCCAUCGGAGCCAGGCCGCGGCUUCCCUCGGUCAUCGGUGGCCCCAUCAUCACCAGCAGCACCGUCACCAUCCAAAUCGACUUGCCGAUCGCUCCGGCCGUGUCCGCCAGCCCGGUGGUUCCCACGAUUGUCGUCGACCCCCCAUGCCGGGCCUCAGUCACGCUGCUUUCGACGGCCGAUGCCGACAAGGGUGAUGAGCAGGCCACGCCGGACCCUUCCGACGACGAGGCAGCCAGUGAGACUACCCCCUCGCCGAGACCGGUGUCACCGAUGAUGGCCACCGCGGCUGCGGCCACGGCCACGGCCACGGCCACGGCCGCCGCCUCGUCAAUGCCCAUCCCACGGUGCGAUGUUGGUGGUUCGGCAUCGGCCUCCCACUUGCCGAGUCUGUUGCAGCCGGAUUCGCCCGGGCCGCGCUUGGAGCCCUCCUUCGGCAGCUUGAGUGACUUGACGGCCGGGUCGCAGGCCGGCAGCCUGAGCACCAGCCAAGCACUCCGACGCCGCCUGAGUCGAGUGAUUUCCAUGCAGUACGGUAGCUCCGGCUCGCUGGCAGCCUCCUCCAGUGACCUGAGUGCCCCCUCCGGGCGAGGGCCCUCCUCGACAACGCACCUGCCGCCGGAGAUUCUCCUUGGCGGCGACCACCUCGGUGGGUCGCUGGCAGGGACAAUGGCCACGUCGCCGGUUGGCGACAUGGCCGGCACCCCCUCGCCGGUGACCAGCGACACGCCACUCGGCCCGCCGCGCCCCGGGCUGGUGCUCCCCCUUGGCAUGGCCCCGAGCCCGUCGGCCCCGCUGUCCGCUGGGUCCCCCUCGCCGGCCGGGCGCCGGUCUUUCAUGGCUCUCUCGCCGUCGGCCUCUCGCUCGACCGACUCCCUCCACUCGACCGGGACCGGAGGGGCGGCCACCUCCUCGGAGGAGGUGGCCCAACUCCUUCGGCAGCUGACGGAGGCCGAUGCCGCGGCCACCGGCCAGGCCGAUGACCCGGCCGGGGCCCUGCCCGCCCGGCCGCCCCCCUCGCACUAUAGCCGCCUCAUGAGCCAAAGCGAGACUCCCCAGCGUGGCCGGCUCCGGUCCGGCACCUUCGGCCUGCAGCCGGUCAUCACGGCCACCCUGGCCGGGCCUGCUGCCAGCGGGUCGCCCGGCAUCACGGCCGUCUCCACCCCCGGGCCGGAUGGCAGUCCGGCCAUGUCGGCCUUGCCGGCCAGCCCCCGGGCGAUGAUGAGCACCCCGCCACCGGCCAGCAUCGGCAGCCCGCACGCCGCCGGCGCCGCCUACCGGCCGCUACAUGUGGCCUCCAGCCCUGGGCUGAUGGCCAUGGGCACCGCCUCUCCGGCGAGUCCGCCAUCGGUGCUGCUGCUGUCGCCGCCGGCGUUGGCGCUCGAUGGCGUCGAGGAUCCGGCCGACGGCGCGAGCGACACCCCCAGCACUCCGACCACCGCCAGCAUGGCCGCCACCACGGCGGCCUCUUCGGGCGGCUCGAUCGAGAGCGGCCCCUCGCUGGCUGAUCUUGCCGCCGGGGCCGGUGGCUCCUUCGAGCGAUAUGUCCAGCUGCGCCGAGCGGCCGAGCAGCAAAAUGCCCUCGCGCCGGCGGCCGAGCCGUUCGCCUCCGCCUCCUCGGCGAGCCUCGCCGAUUCCACCUCCCGGCAGGGGCCUGAGGGCGGGCCCGCUCUGCCGGCCGGGGCACCGGUGCCCCGGCCACGGCUCCUGGACACGGUGAUGGCCAUGCAGGACGAGCUGGCCAUCCUCGGCCCGGAGGCGUGGUACAUGAUGGAGGAGGGCGUCUCUCCCGACAUGCUGGACCACCUCGGCGACCUGAGCAAUCCCCUGCUUGGGAUGGAAAAUCUGCGCGCCAGUGCCAUCGGCAUUGCCCCGCCAGCCGGCGGCCCCCCCGGGCAGCUGCCCCUCCCCCGGCAGUCACACGCUGGCUCUCCCAGCUCCGAGACCUUGGCCGGAUUGGCGCGCAUCUCGCGCUCCCUCCGGCGCCCCUCGCUGCCCGGGACCUCGGGCGGGGCCUUCCUUCCGAUCGGGGCGCGUGCCCAACUGGGCACGUCCAUCGCUGGGGCGCCUUCGGCCGUGGGCAAGGAUCUCGAGCUGCCGGUGCCACUCGCUUCCGUGCCGGCAUCGGCACAGCAUCAGCACGCGCACCAUGUGCAGCAUCCCCGGAAGGAAGCACCUGCGGCCAUUGCCACAACUGGUGUUGCUGCUGCUGCUGCUGCUGCCGCUACUGCCAAUGUGGCCGCCGCCGGGGCGGCCACAGUUGCCCCUCCGGCCGGCAUUAUCCCGGAUUACGCCCGGUGCAAUUACCAGCCGCCGCUCUACCCGAGCUCGGUGUAUGUGAAGAAGUUCCGCGCGCGGACCAGUGUCCGGUCUUUCAUCGUCGGUGACGGGGUCGUGCUGACUGGCAGCUCCGGCAUCCGGUCCUGGUCCAUGAAGUCCGGCGAGUGCUUGAAGACCGGGUGCUUCGAGUUGGAGACCUCGAAGGUCAACUCGCUCAUCUUCUGCCCGUUUGACAUCAAGGGUACGAUUGUGUGGGCCGGCUGCUCGGAUGGCAGUCUGCUGGUCUUCAACAUCGCCACCGGGGUCCUGCUGGCCACUUGGCGGCGGCCAGGGUCCGGGGCUGGCGAUGCGCAAGUCGAUGGCCACGCCCCGGCCCCAUCCGAUGCCCAUACUUCGAUCGCCCCGACCGCUGCCUUCCUGUCCACGCCAGAUGCCGUGCGGCCCGUCCUGCCGACGGCCGAGCCUGGGUCCGGCGGCCCGGCUGGCCCACAGCAGCCCUCGCCCAUCCCGGGCGGCCCGGACGCCGCCGGUGGGGUCGAGCUCUCGACCGACAGCACGUCGAUCGAGCUGGUGGCCCUCUUUUUCGAUCCAGGCACCCCGCUCGGCGUGUCCUCCGACACCGGACAAUACAUUCCCCCGCGGGUGGUGGCCCUGUCGGCCGAUGGCGCGGUGACCAUCUUCAACUCCAAGCCGGCCACCCCGGUGUCACAUGCCUCGCUGCUGGGCGGCUUCUUUGACCAGUUCACCGUGGAGUAUGUCCACCUUGGGGUGACGCGCGCCACGCAAUCGGUCUUCAUUCCGCCGCAGCUGAUCGGCGAGGUGCCAGUCCGAGCGGCCGGCGGCCAGGAGGCCAAUGUGUCCGUGUACGAGCCAUCGGCCCUUUGGCUUGCCAAGCGCCAUCGUGCGUGGGUCUUCUCCAACUUCAAUUCCCGUCGCUGCCAGUCGCUGGACACCGAUGGGGUGUUCCACGCGGCGGCGCGUGCGGCUGUCGCUGCUGCUGCGGAGUCUGCCGCCGCCGAGGAUUCGCUCCUCGGUGGGGAUGAGGUGCCGGCCGAGGCGCUGGGCCCUGGUCGGCACCAUCGUUCCAUGUCGGUGGCCUCGGCCAUGCGGACGGGCUCCGGCGGCCCGGUGAGUGAUUCCGGUGCCGAGAGCGCCAGCAAUGUGCCCAGCGGCGGGGCGGCCAAGCGUGCCGCUCUGGAAGCCUCGUCCUCCGGGGCCAGCACCAUCACCGGCGUGGCAGCCCUCAUGAAUGGGGAAUACGUGUGCACCGGGCACCAGGAUGGACGAAUCCUAAUCUGGCGAAAGCGCCCGUAUGGCCUGAGCGCGGUCACGUCGCCCGGUGCCGGCGCCGGUGCCGGCGGCUCAUCUGCCCGGCCCGGGUCGGUGCACGGGGCGCUGGUCGCCUCUGGGUCGCAUGUUUUCGACCUGUUCAACUUCAUCACGAUGGGCGAGCCGGUCACCUCGCUGUCGGCGAUCACCGACUCGCCGCUCCUGUGGGUGGGCUUCGGCAGCGGGAAGAUUGCCAUCCUCGAUGCGUCGGACAACUGGAAUUGUGCCAAGGAGUGGAAGGCGCAUAAGUCCCCGGUCUUGCAGAUUGUCCUGCCCCAGAGUUCGCUCCUGUCGACGGCGGCCAGCUUGGCGGAGAAUGGCCGCAUCCGCUUUUGGGACAGUCUCCUGCGAGCGGACUCGAUCCUCCUGUCGCUCAAGGCCCAGGAGGCAUUGUAUUGCCAGUACACCGACGCCCAUGUCGGUGUGUUCAGCUGGAAUGUGUCCGGCACGUCACCCUUCAGCAUUGGCCCGGUCAAUCUGGCGCGCAUGUUCUUCCCCGGAUGUGAUGCCUUCCGGCGAGGGGGCCCAAGCGGGCGGUUCCGGCGCGCGGCCGGGUCCGCCCCCCCGGCCUCGGCGCCCGGCGAUGUGCCGGACCUCCUGGUCAUCGGUCUGCAAGAGGUGGUGGAGCUGGACUUGAACCGGAAGAAUGCCAAGCAAUUCUUGAAGGAUGUCCGCUCGGAGCAGGCCCUGUCCAACUGGCAUCACACCAUCAGCGGCGCGCUACGCUAUGCGCAUCCCAACCGCUACUUCACAUGCGUCGACUCCAAGGCCAUGAUCGGUCUGAUGAUUUUCGUCUUUGCGGCCGACAAGAUUGGCCCCCUUGUGCGCAGUGUCGCCGUGGACUCCACCAAGACCGGCCUCGGCGGCAAGGCCGGGAACAAGGGCUCGGUCGGCGUCCGCCUGCGGGUGCUGGACUCGUCCUUCUGCUUCCUGAACUGUCACCUGGCUGCCGGGCAAACACGCUCCAAGGACCGGGACUCCGAUGCGGCCGCCAUCCUGAAGUCCACGCAGUUCCCCUCGGCCAGACGCGAGGCCGACCGGGUGGCCUUCAUCAAUGGCGGCGAUGGGUCCCGGGCGCUGGACCAUGAGUUCUGCUUCUUCUUCGGGGAUCUCAACUACCGGGUGGACAUGACCCCGGCCGAGGCAUGGCAGGCCCUGCAACGCGGGGGCAGCCUCAACGCCCUGGCGGCCAUGCUGAAUCGCGACCAGUUCCGGGCGCACCAGCCGCGCAAUGCGCUGCGUGUCUUCAAUGAAGCACGCAUCCGCUUCCCGCCCACCUACAAGCUGGUCAAGGGCACACACUCGUACGACAUCGGCUCCGAGCGGACGCCCUCCUGGUGCGAUCGGAUCCUGUCCCGUGGCCUGGGCAUCCAGCAGACUCACGGCAGGGCCAGGCUCGGCCCCUUCCCCGGGAGGCGAGCCUCUCCGGAUGCCGCCAACCUGGCAGCGAAGGAGGGGCAGGCCCAGUCCAGCGGCACAUAUGCCGGACUUCUCUGA